AUGGCACCGUUAGAAAGAGAUCCACCCAAAUUCUUAUUUGAUCAUAUAAAAGACAUAAACGAAGACUUCUUGACGGACGACGAAGAAGAGUUAUUUCCAGAACGCCUUAUAUACAACGACAUAGACACAAGAGAUAGAGACACGGACGAAGAGAUUGACAUAAACACCGACGAGUUAAAUAACUAUAUACCUGAAAUAGUAUUGGAAGUCAUUAGACAAUGGAGUACAUACUUUAAUAGUGCUGUUCCGCCACUUGUCAACAACCAUGACAGAAAGACAGAGGACAGCGAUGACGAGUCAAUUGAGACAGACGAAACCGACGACAGAGAGACAGAAGACAACGAUGACGAGUCAAUUGAGACAGACGAAACCGACGAUAGAAAGACAGAGGACAGCGAUGACAAAGAGACAGAGGACAACGAUGACACAGAGUCAGAGGACAACGAUGACGAAUCAAUUGAGACAGACGAAACCGACGACAGAGAGACAGAAGACAACGAUGACACAGAGACAGAGGACAGCGAUGACAAAGAGACAGAGGACAACGAUGACACAGAGUCAGAGGACAACGAUGACGAAUCAAUUGAGACAGACGAAACCGACGACAGAGAGACAGAAGACAACGAUGACAAGUCAAUUGAGACAGAUGAAACCGAUGACACAGAGACAGAGGACAACGAUGACGAGUCGAUUGAGACAGACGAAACCGACAAAAUCCACGACGACGACGAAUAUUCCCGGAACUUCAUGCCCACAUACAGCUUCGAUGCAAGGCUUGCAUAUUUCAACGCCAUUCACCCGCCUGUCAACGAACGCCGACCAGUUGAGUCAGACUCGGACGACCCGCAGCCGUGCUCAUCAUCAGGUCUGAAGAGACCGCGUUCAGACUCUGAUGAUGAGCAACCCAGGUCAACAAAGCGGAGAUGGCCAACGUCGUACCAGUCAGAAAGUGAAGAAAGCGAGUCGGACAACUUUCAAUAG